AUGGCUGUUAUAAAUUCGAAAGGAGAAAAGGAGGAUUCUGGAGCUCAAGAGUAUUUCACUGAUAAUCUUAAAAAAGGGGGAAAACAGGUGCUGUUUUUCAAUAAAACGCUAAGGGGAAGCAAAACUCUGGCAUUGCAAGACCAUGAAAGUGAUGUAUUAUUGCUUGAUUGUGAAUUUGUCUCUUCGAAUGGAACUGUUGUACGUGAACAUUGUGGUUCCGGUGUCAUUUUACCUAAAUCAACGACACUAGUUGCCGAAAGGGAGAAAUCUCAAAACACUUCAGUUUUGAUAGAUGCCUUGAAAUUCAUGUAUAGAGAUGGUAUCCGCAGUGAUACAGAGCUUCGCACCCCAACACAAAUCUUCCCAGUCCACAAAAAUAUAUUGAGUGUUAGAUCUCCUGUGUUCAGGAGAAUGUUUAGCAAUGACAUGAAGGAGAAGAAUUGUGGAUACGUCGACAUAACCGAUUUGGAGGACGACACCAUCCACCGGAUGCUCCUGUACAUAUACACUGGUACCUUGGAAGAUAUGCAUUUUGAAAAUGCAUGCAAGUUGUACGCGGCUGCAGAUAAAUAUGACAUUAUAUCUCUAAGGAGCAGAUGUUCUGCAUUUUUGAAAGAAAGUUUAUGCCCCACCGAUGCGUGUGAAACUUUAAUCUUGGCUGACCGUCAUCAUGAUAGUGAUCUGAAAAGUACUGUGCAGGAGCAUAUACUGAAACACGACAAAGAAGUGUUUGGUUCGCCAGAAUGGAAACAUUUCAUGGACACUAAUCCUAAAUUGGCUGCGGAUAUCAUGUUUUUGAAGGUCUUUCCUGGCUAA